AGCGAGGUCGCUUCCUCUGCGCCGCGAGGCUGAGCUUCUUGGCGCCAGGCUGCCGCGAGCCGUCACAGCGUCCGACGUGAUGACAUCACAAGGGCGGCAGCCAAUGAAACGAGGUGCCGAGGAAGCUGGCUUGGGUUUGAAUAUUGUGGUUGAGUCUGAAGCGCAGGGAGGCGGACAUUUAAGUAAAGUGGUUGCAGGAACCUCGCCUGGGCCUGAGAGAAGUAUUCAAGCAUUUAUAAAAAUAGGAAUCAAGAUAAUCAACAAUGUCUGUCACUGAGGAAGACCUGUGCCACCAUAUGAAAGUAGUAGUUCGUGUACGUCCUGAAAACACAAAAGAAAAAGCAGCUGGAUUUCAUAAAGUGGUUCAUGUUGUGGAUAAACAUAUCCUAGUGUUUGAUCCCAAACAAGAAGAAGUCAGUUUUUUCCAUGGAAAGAAAACUACAAAUCAAAAUGUUACAAAGAGACAAAAUAAAGAUCUUAAAUUUGUAUUUGACGCUGUUUUUGAUGAAACUUCAACUCAGUCAGAAGUUUUUGAACACACUACUAAGCCAAUUCUUCAUAGUUUUUUGAAUGGAUAUAAUUGCACAGUACUUGCUUAUGGUGCCACUGGCGCUGGGAAGACCCAUACCAUGCUAGGAUCAGUGGAUGAACCUGGAGUGAUGUACCUAACAAUGUUACACCUUUAUAAAUGCAUGGAUGAGAUUAAAGAAGAGAAAAUAUGUAGUACUGCAGUAUCGUAUCUGGAGGUAUAUAAUGAACAGAUUCGUGACCUCUUAGCAAAUUCAGGGCCACUUGCUGUCCGGGAAGAUACCCAAAAAGGGGUAGUCGUUCAUGGGCUUACUUUGCACCAGCCCAAAUCCUCAGAAGAAAUUUUACAUUUAUUGGAUAAUGGAAACAAAAACAGGACACAACAUCCCACUGAUAUGAAUGCUGCAUCUUCUCGUUCUCAUGCUGUUUUCCAAAUUUACUUGCGACAACAAGACAAAACAGCAAGUAUCAAUCAAAAUGUUCGUAUUGCCAAGAUGUCACUCAUUGACCUGGCAGGAUCUGAGCGAGCAAGUACUACCGGUGCUAAGGGAACCCGAUUUGUAGAAGGCACAAAUAUUAAUAGAUCACUUUUAGCUCUUGGGAAUGUCAUCAAUGCCUUAGCAGAUUCAAAGAGAAAGAAUCAGCAUAUCCCUUACAGAAAUAGUAAGCUUACUCGCUUGUUAAAGGAUUCUCUUGGAGGAAACUGUCAAACUAUAAUGAUAGCUGCUGUUAGUCCUUCCUCUAUAUUCUAUGAUGACACAUAUAACACUCUUAAGUAUGCUAACCGUGCAAAGGACAUAAAAUCUUCUUUGAAGAGCAAUAUUCUUAAUGUAAAUAAUCAUGUAACUCAAUACGUAAAGAUCUGUAAUGAGCAGAAGGCAGAGAUUUUAUUGUUAAAAGAAAAACUAAAAGCCUAUGAACAACAGAAAGCCUUUGCUAAUGAAAAUGACAAAGCAAGGUUAAUGAUUUCAAACCCUCACGAAAAAGAAAUUGAAAGGUUUCAAGAAAUCCUCAACUGCUUGUUCCAGAAUCGAGAAGAAAUUAGACAAGAAUAUCUGAAGCUGGAAAUGUUACUUAAAGAAAAUGAACUUAAAUCAUUCUACCAACAACAGUGCCAUAAACAAAUAGAAAUGAUGUGUUCUGAAGAUAAAGUAGAAAAGGCCACUGGAAAACGAGAUCAUAGACUUGCAAUGUUGAAAACUCGUCGCUGCUACCUGGAGAAAAGGAGGGAGGAGGAAUUGAAGCAAUUUAAUGAGAAUACUAAUUGGCUCCAUCGUGUUGAAAAAGAAAUGGGACACUUAGGUCCAAACGGUCAUAUUUCAAAGGAACUCAAGAAAGAUCUUCAUUGUCACCAUUUGCAUCUCCAGAACAAAGAUUUGAAAGCACAAAUUAGACAUAUGAUAGAUCUAGCUUGUCUUCAGGAACAGCAACACAGGCAGACUGAGGCGUGCACAUCUUCAAGUGAAUCUAAUAUGCUUAAGAUUCCUCCACAAAAAAGAACUCGGAGAAAACUAAUGCCAUCUCCCUUGAAAGGACAGCAUACUCUAAAAUCUCCAUCAUCUGAAAGUGUUCAGCUCAAUGAUUCUCUUUGCAAAGAACUUCAGCCUAUUGUGUAUACACCAGAAGACUGUAGAAAAACUUUUCAAAAUCCAUCUACAGUAACUUUAAUAAAACCAUCAUCAUUUACUACAAGUUUUCAGGCUAUCAGCUCGAACAUAAACAGUGAUAAUUCUCUGAAAAUGUUGUGUGAAGUAGCUAUCUCUCAUAACACAAGAGAAGAAUGUCAGCAGGAGGUCUUGGACUCUACAUUUACUAUAUGUGAAGACACCAAGAGCUUGAAGUGUAAAUUACCUGAACAAGAAUCACUACUAAAUGACAAAAACAUUUUACAACGGCUUGACCCUUCUUCAUUCUCAUCUAAGCAUUCUAUGCCUAUACGAAGCAUGGUGCCAUCCUACAUGGCAAUGACUACUGCUGCCAAAAGGAAACGGAAAUUAGCAAGCUCUACAUCAAACACUUUGUUAACUGCAGACGUAAAUUCUGGAUUUGCCAAACGUGUUCGACAAGAGAAUUCAAGUGAUAAGCACUUACAAGAAAACAGACCAAGAAUGGAACAUAAAAGAAACAUCUGUAAAAUAGAUCCAAGCAUGAUUAGAAAAUUUGGAAGAAACAUUUCUAAAGGAAAUCUGAGAUAAAUCACUUCAAAACUAAGCAAAAUGAAGUUGAUCAAAUCUGUUAUCAAAGUUUAUCUGUACCCUUUCAAAAAUAUUAAAAUCUUUGAAAGAAGACCCAUCUUAAAGCUAAGUUUACUCAAAUACUUUCAGCAAGCAGAAAAAUAAAACUCUUUGUUUUCUUCUUUUGUAUUCUAAAAAAAUAUAAAAUUUCAAAAGAAAAGGUUGUCUUUUAAGUGUUUUAAAUAUUUGUUGCCUUUUAAAAUCCCUGAGUGUAAGGUAGCAUGGUGGCAGCCUAGCUUUACUAUGCUACAGCAAGUUGACUAGGACAUUUUAGUAAACAGUAGUGAGUUAAAUUAUCUUUAUUAUUUUUUGAAAUAAGAAUUUAGAAGUGGUAAAAUUGUGGCCCAAGAUGUAUUUGGUCCUCUAUUAUGUUUUUAUACAUUAUUUUUGUUAUAUAUAUGACUUUCCUUUUCAAAAAUACUUUAAUGUACAAGUAUAGAUAUAGGUGCCCAUAAAAUCAUUAUAAAUAUUAUUUAAGUUAUCACAAAUAAAAAUAUUGUUCUUGCUACUUGAUAUAUUAAAGAUGUAGAUUUUAAAGU